AUGUCCUUCGCACGACUUUUAUCAGCAAAUAAUCAUGAUGAUGAUGAAACUAAUUCAUUAUCAGAAACAGGUGUUAUUGUAAAAGAUAUUAUUCCACGUUCAAUGGUUGAAAAUGAUGAUUGUGCAUGCACAUGUUCAUGUUGUCCAAGUAUAUUUAAUUGGUGUAUAAAAGAUGCUUGUGGUUUAUCAUGUGGUAUUAUGACAUGGAUUUUGUUUUUAUAUGCAGAAUUUGUUUUUGUUUUUGUUAUUUUAACACCAAAAACAUAUUCAUUAUUAUUUUAUUUACUUAAUUUGUUCAUAUUUCAUUUACUUGAAUUUCUUGCUAUUGCAUCACAUCUUCAAACUAUGUUUUCGAAUCCAGGUGCUGUGCCAUUGAAAAAUGCUACACCAGAAAAUUUACGUAGAUAUGAAAAUGGUACAAUUGUAUAUCGAUGUGCUAUGUGUCAAAGUAUAAAACCAGUUAGAGCACAUCAUUUAUGUCCUGCUUGGUCACCGCCAGUUACACUUCUUUUUAUGAUAUUUUUUGGUUUAGAAGGAUUAUCUUUCUCAGUAUUUACUGGUGUCAUGACUUGUACACAAUUAUAUUCUAUAUAUACCGAUACAAAUCAAAUUGAAUUAUUUAAAGGAGGAGCAAAUUUAAAUCGAGAACGAAAUUCUUUUAUAUCUUCAUUAAAAAUAGUUUUUGGUUCAAAAAUGAGUUUAACAUGGUUAAAUCCAUUUUCUAAACCAAUUUAUUUGAUUACUCAAGAUGAUGAACGUAUAAUAUUUGAUGUUUAA